GCGCCGGUAAUGCUAGCCUUUGUAACUCACCCUACCGGUUGUGGAUGUCAUUCACUUUUCUUCUGUUAUAAUUUUAAACUCGUAAAUUGAUGCAAAGCUGAAUGGCAGUAGCUGCAUCUUUUAUAUAUCAUUGUUUUCCAACCAAUUCAUUCAAAUGAGCCAUUAGAAAUGAGAGAAGGAUUUUGCAUUUUUUAGUACCGCUAUGGAGAAGCCUUGGAGGCUGUGGGGUGCAAUGGAGCGUUGCACCCUGACUCUAGUGUCUUGGUCCUGGGGUGCGUGCCGAGUGUCCCUUUUGGCUCUCAUCCUCACCUUCCACCUAUAUGGAGGUUUUUUCCUCUUAGCUCUCAUCCUCGCAUCUGUAGCAGGCAUCCUCUACAAAUUUCAGGAUGUUCUUCUCUACUUUCCUGACCAGCCUUCCUCCUCUCGCCUGUAUGUCCCGAUGCCAACUGGAAUCCCUCAUGAGAAUGUUUACAUUCGCACCAAAGACGGGGUGAAACUCAACCUCAUCCUUCUUCGUUACACAGGAGGUGAUUCACCAUCAGGCGUUUCCUCUAACAAUCAGAGCAGCCCCACUUCCUCUGCUCCUCCUACAAUCCUUUACUUCCACGGUAACGCAGGUAAUAUUGGACACAGGGUGCCAAACGCACUUCUAAUGCUUGUCAAUCUGAAAGCAAAUGUGGUGCUUAUGGAUUAUCGUGGCUAUGGAAAAAGUGAGGGAGAGCCAUGUGAAGAUGGACUGUACCUGGAUGCUGAAGCAACAUUAGACUAUAUCAUGACCCGCCCAGACCUGGACAAAACAAAAGUGGUACUCUUUGGUCGCUCACUUGGAGGCGCUGUGGCUGUGCGUCUGGCAUCAGUGAAUCCUCACCGCGUAGCAGCCAUCAUCGUUGAAAACACCUUCCUUAGCAUUCCUCACAUGGCUUCAACUCUCUUCUCCUUCUUGCCAAUGCGUCUGCUGCCCUUAUGGUGCUAUAAGAAUCAGUUCCUGUCCUACAGACAGGUGGCGCUUUGCCGCAUGCCUUCGCUGUUUGUGUCAGGUCUGUCAGACCAGCUCAUCCCACCGGUUAUGAUGAAACAAUUGUACGAGUUGUCUCCUGCGCGGACUAAACGGCUGGCCAUUUUUCCAGAGGGGACGCACAACGACACGUGGCAGUGUCAGGGCUACUUUGCUGCUUUGGAGCAGUUCAUAAAAGACCUGCUGAAGAGCCACGCCCACGAGGAAAGUGCUCAGCCCUCAGCCAGCGUCACCAUUAUCUAAUGAAACAGUCAGGAAUGGAUGAAAAGAGCUGAUUGAUCAAACAUCUUUGAUUUGUUUCUGGGGUUUUUAAUGAAUUUAAUGAAUGAAUGUACAUUUACAAUGCUCUUGUUUGGGUUUUUGCUUUUAUUCCACUCUUUCUACUUUUCUGUAAAUUUGAUAUGCUAAAAUAUUUUCACUAUCCCAAAGCUUAAUGGGGUGGGGAUUUCUUAUGUUUCAGAUAUUAAUGGAUUUGUCUGUGAAGGAAGCCGGAGCAUAGCUGCUAAGGUCACAUGACGUGCUAAAGCCACAGAGUUUGCUAAUCUCGGUUUUUCUGAAAUGACUACAAAACAGCUGAUGUCCUUUUUAAAAGAACAUUGACCGUUAAGAGCCCUGUGGUGUGAAGGUGAAUACUGAUCAAGAGACAAAAACAUCUGUGUCCUAAUUAUGUAAAUUAGAGUGCCAUGUAGAGGUAUGCUGUAAAUAUAUUUAUUAUGCUGCACUUUUCAGUUCAGAUUAAUUCAUCUUUUUUUGUGUGGGCCUACAUCUCAUGAGAAAUAAAUGGAGGAAUAGAAGGAUCCCUCUGAACAAUGUUCAUGAAUUUGUGUACAACUUUAAAUUUGCCCUGCAACAUUAAAAUAAAGAGACGCUUCUGAACAUUUAUCUUUAGCUUGCAAAGAAGAAGUGGGCAGAAUUUUAAGGUGAGCCUGUUUCCAACUACUUGAUGAGCUGUUUUCUCAAGAGUUAUGUUCUGUUAAAAUGCAGCUGGAUCUGAAUUGGUUUGAAUGCGUCUGGAAAAUUGUUUAUUUCUGAAAUUCAGUUCAAAAAGUAAAACUCAUUAGAUAUGUGAGUAAAGUCGUUAUUUAUUCCUGUUAAUGUAGUAAAUCAUUGAAAAUGGUCCAUAUAUGCAGACAAUAAUCGGUUGAGGUUCUUUUUGCAUAAAUUACAGCUGGCAAAUUGGUCGUUUUAACAUUAGCUUUUAGCUUAUCUGCACCGCUAGCUCUAGUGUCUCCUCUUCCUUUAAAUAAUAUUGAAUUAAAUCUCUAGGUGAUUCACUUGCAGUCAACCCCAGUGAUACCAUUGUUACUCAUUCAGUGUAACUAGGAGUUGUCGGCUACAUUUGACUACGUUUGCAGAUUUCUUGCACUACUUGGAAAAAAAAAAUCAAUAUCUCACUUCUCCACAACUCUGGAACAUCAAUUUCCAAAUGAAAAGCUGAAGUGUCAGCGUAGCGGGAAAAUAAGGACUAUUCUUUCCUCUAAAAAAUUAGGCCCAUGUGCUUUUUUCACCUUAGUAGAGGUAGGAUACCUCUGGUAUUUGCUGCUUAAAGCAACACUUGUUACACAUGUACUGGAAACGUCUGGUGGCCCGUGGGGCCGUGAUUAUAUAUUUUGUACAUCUUCCCUUGACUCAAAACGGUCCUUUAAGGCCUGUCCUCCUUCUGGAGAGUCAAAGGUCUGUUGGGCUAUAGUCAAGUCAGCAGACUUCUUCAGAUUGAUCUAUACAUAUGAGUUUUACUUUUUGAAUUGAAUUACUGAAAUUAUUUAUUUGAGAAUAUUCAUGUUGCGAUGCACCUAUAAAACCAGAUGGGGGUUAGGAUCAACUGAGAUUUGGUUGUUACUGAUUUGCUGCCAAAGCUUUAGUGAUUGGUUCUUGUGGAAAUCCUCUUGGCUUGGAAAGAAUGUCAAAAGAAAUUGGUUGAAAAUAAUUUGGGUCCAAAUAAACAGAUAUUUUAUUUCAUAGUUAUAAUAUAAUGAAACAAGUCAAUAAUAUUGAGCAGUAGGG